AGACAGAGGCAAGACUGAGGCGGGAAGCCACAAGCUCACACACAGACCCUGGAGCUCAGGGGGUUUCAGGGCCUGUGGGAAGGCCCAGCCUCCUGCCUGCAGCGCUGCCAUCUGCAUCUACCCGGCCGAUACUGUCUCCAAGCGCCUGGGGCCAAGAGUAGGGCGCAGGCCUGCUGGAGCAGAUAAGCUCCAGAGGCGGGGAGGAGCCUGGUUGGGUACUCCUCAGGGCUCAGCGGGCUGUGUAGGAGCCCGGUUUUAAGAAGCUCCAGGGCCAAAGGAUGGCCUGAUUUGGUUCUGCGGGACGGGAGGGCCAGGUCCCCUGGGAACCACUGGCUGCGCCACCAGACAAAUCGCCCCCACCGUGCGCCCAGCCCUGCUGUUCUCCCAGGGGCCAUGAAGCUGAACAAGAGGAGUGUGGCCCACUAUGCACUGAGCGACUCCCCAGCAGACCACACGGGCUUCCUGCGCACUUGGGGGGGCCCAGGGACACCCCCUACCCCCAGCGGCACUGGCAGAAGAUGCUGGUUUGUUCUCAAGGGCAACCUGCUGUUUUCCUUCGAGAGCCGUGAGGGCCGGGCCCCGCUGAGCCUGGUGGUGCUGGAGGGCUGCACGGUGGAGCUGGCUGAGGCACCUGUGCCCGAGGAGUUUGCCUUCGCCAUACGUUUCGACGCCCCCGGGGUGCGCCCGCAUCUGCUGGCUGCAGAUGGGCAGGUAGCCCAGGAGGCCUGGGUGAAGGCCCUGUCCCGAGCCAGCUUUGGCUACAUGCGCCUGGUGGUACGAGAGCUGGAGAGCCAGCUGCAGGAUGCCCGCAGGAGCCUGGCCUUGCAUCGCUGCGUGUCCCAGAAGGUCGGUGCCAGCUGCCGAAAGCCACAGGUGCCUGACCGAAGAUCUCCAGGCCUGGAAAAUGGUCACUUUCUCCCCAGGGACUGCAGCCCUGUGCGUACCAUAGAAGAAAGAGGCUGCAGGCCAGUAGGGCGGGAUUUGUCGGAGUGGGAGUUGCAGGGCCCCACCAGCCUCCUCCUAGGCAGGGGGCAGAGCCCUGUGUCACCUGAGACCUCCUGUUUCUCUACCCUGCAUGACUGGUAUGGCCAGGAGAUUGUGCAGCUGAGGCGAGGGUGGCAGCAGAGGGCCCAGAGGAACCAGGCAGGAUGCAAGCAACAGAAUGAGCCCUGCUCUUGAGCCCUCAGUAUCUUGGAUGUCGGGAGCGGAAGAAGGAAAUGUUCAUGACCACAUAACCCAGGGCGGGUGACACGCGCCUCUUUCUCACUACCAGGGAAGCGGACGCUCUGCGCAAGCGUGAGGGUGGGUUUCUCGUGUGCGCCCACAACCUCGCGAUAUUUGGGGCGGCACCAUUUGUGACGGCAGCACCAGGGCGGGGCGGCAGGGUUCCCGAGCCCGAGAGAGGGGCGGAAGUGGGAGAUGGCAUUCGGAAUAGCUCGUUGGCUGGCUUUGGGACCCCUCCGAUCCGGGGCUUUCCGGAGCGGGCCGAACUUGAGGAAAA